AUGGACACUUCCUGGACGACCACGAACCACAGCGUCAAAAUGAUCACUCCUCCGUACAACGCGAAGCGAUCCUCUUCUCCCAAUGCCAAAGUCCGCACAUCCACGCAGCGCAGAGAAGCGGAAGAUCUUGACGACGGCAAACAGAGAAACCUCGAGAACAAGAACGCAAGCUCUCCUCCACGCCGCCAUUACGAUAAGAAGCGGAAGACCGAGCGGAACAGUACGGACGCUCUCGAAGCAGCUUUGAACCUGCCCAGCUUUGCAUGUGCUGCGUCUCUCCUCGAUCCGAUGAAGUUCUCCCACGCAAGGGCCGCCGGCGCAACGGGUAGACAACAGAUGGAUGUUGACCGGGUCAUGGCCUAUGGAGUGGACGAGCCAAGCGGUCACUUUCCAAGCACACUCUCUGAUUCUUCACCCUCCAAUGGUAUAGCGGGACUUGCUGCUGGCGAGGUGGCAGACGCAGCCGGCUGUGCUGUCCCGCCACCGGCCCCCCACCCCUCCUCACACACGUAUCGUACUUACAUUCCCGUUCUCAGCUCAGAGUAUCCCCUGAAUUACCUCCUCUCCACUGAUCUUGAGCCUUGCGCAGCAGCAGAGAACCAGGCUCAUCACCAUAAUCAUUACCAUCAUUCCUUCUCCAGGACGGGGUUUCCUAUCUACGAAGACCCCGACGACAUUGAGAUUCAAUUCCAAGAAAUCAGAGUGAACAUCUUCGCUCCAUGGGACGAAGACAAGGAGAACAUCGACGAAGGAUCUUGGAACGGUGAGCCCGUAGAAGAAGAAGAAGAGGGAGGAGGAGGUGAGCAACACCACGAAGACAGCAGCAACGCCGUGACAAUCUAUUCGAACCGCAGCACCCGCAACGGCAACACCCACAUCUUCGAAAGCCAUGACCUCACCCUCAACACUAACCUGGAGACGGACACAGACAUGAACAUGGAUAUGGAUCUCGACCUAGAUCUCGACAGUAUCACCAUGUUCCCCGCCCCCGAGAACAGUCUCUCCAGCACGCCCACCACCCAACACUCCAUGGACACCAAUGCCUUCAACUGGGAUGUCAACGCGCACCUCACCACCAUCCUCACUACCACCACAGGCGAUACCAACCCGCCGUCUGCAGCGCUCUUCGACGAACCCGAUGCCACCGUCGGACCGUGGACUCACGUCCCCGACCUCGUGGCUCCUUUCUCAGUGGUUACGAGCCAAGAGCUGCUCAUAGAUGAUGGCACAAACCACGCUACACUGGCUCCAGUCGAGGAUAUUAUUAUCAAUCCUCCUCCGGAGUUCGACUUCGCAGAGCACGAUCAGGUCACGCCGGACGCGAGUGGUCUCUGGCUGCCCUGGUCCACGCAAAGCCUGACUGCGUCGGAGAUGGCCGCGCUUGCGCUCUCGGUGGCGAGGCAGCGGGAGGAACAGAUGCAGGGGGAUCAGAUGCUGCCGCAGAUAACGGUACAGACUGAUAUGGCUGCCGCUGGAGGAAAAAGGGUCCGUCGUGAACGCGACGCCUCCACCACCACUGCCCAGCGUCAGAUAACCGCCCGACUUGAGCGGUACCGCGCCCCCAAUUCGGACUCCGACACCAUCCAUUUCCUCCACUGUGUAUUCAAGUAUCUCCCCGCCGAAGGCCAGCUGCAACUCGCCCGCGACGUGGCCCGGUGCUCGCACGAUCACGAGGUCUCACAGCUCGCCCAGUACAUCGAUAGGGCUCUACUCCGGCCGAUGCUGGCCACCGGGGACCGCCGCACCACGCCCGCAAUCAGGCCCGCCACCCCGCCGUCUCCAUGUCCAUACCCUGGAGUCGAGGACGACGACGACGACUCCUCCACCACCAUCAUCCUCGAGAACGUACUCCUCGCCCCGGACGCCUCCACGACGGAUAUGGCCGACGAGCAGCAGCUGCUGCUGCGCCGCACGUGCCUCCAGCGCGACCACCAUCGGUGCCUGAUCAGCGGGCUCUGGGAUUUCGGUUACCAGGACAAACCAGUCAACGAACUGUACGGCUCGGUAGAAACCACGCCGAUCCUCCCGUUGGGGCCGCCGCGGGCGAGGGAAGGGGGAGAUGGAUCCCGGCGGACGACGACGACGACGACGACGACGACGAACGCGACCACAACGCGGCGGUCUAGCAGUGUCUCCGCCGGUAUUUCCCGGCGAUGCGGGAUGGGGAUGGUUUCUAUCACGAGCAUCCCGCGGGGAACUCCUCGUGCGGAGAACGUCCUGAUGCUGAUGGACCUUGCCUUGGCCCAGAUGGAAUUCCGUUCGCUUUUUGCCCUCAUCCUCGACGAAAUGGAGGAGGCGACCCCCCCCGACCCCGGGUCAGUAUCGGACCAAGAUGUUCCCGAGGCUCAGAGAGAGCGUUACUGCGCCUCCAUGUGCCCGAAUCCGUGA